UGGCCACCACAUUCACAAACUCAAUCAUCUAGUUUUUUUUUUUGUCUUAAAAAUGAAAUGUCCAAGUAUAACACUGGUUCAGUCUCUAAAAAUGAGAUAUCCAAGUGUUAUGCUGGUUCUUUUUCCAUUCUUCUUCGUCUUCUUAUGGGAAUCAAACUCACCUUCAGUAUCCUCCGACACUUUCACACAAUGCCUUACCUCAAACUCCGACCCCAAACAUCCCAUCUCCCCGGCCUUGUUUUUUCCCGGGAAUGGCUCCUACUCCUCCGUACUAGAAGCUUACAUACGCAACCUCCGCUUCAACACCUCCAACACUCCAAAACCUUUCCUCAUAAUCGCCGCAACACACGAAUCCCACGUUCAAGCCGCGGUGGCUUGUGGUAAAUACCACAAACUUCAGAUGAAAAUCAGAAGCGGCGGCCACGACUACGACGGCUUGUCAUAUGUCACACGCUCUGGCAAACCAUUCUUCGUCCUCGAUAUGUUUAAUCUUCGGUCGGUUGACGUCGACGUGGCGAGUAAAACCGCUUGGGUCCAAACCGGUGCCACCCUCGGAGAAGUUUAUUACUAUAUUUGGGAGAAGAGCAAAACUCUUGCUUAUCCCGCCGGAGUUUGUCCGACAGUUGGUGUCGGUGGCCACGUUAGCGGCGGAGGUUAUGGUAACUUGAUGAGAAAAUACGGCCUCACCGUAGAUAAUACACUCGAUGCAAGAAUGGUCAACGUCAAUGGAAAAAUAUUGGAUAGAAAAUUAAUGGGAGAAGAUCUCUUUUGGGCAAUAAACGGAGGAGGAGGAAGUAGCUACGGUGUCGUUUUAGCGUACAAAUUAAACCUCGUGGAUGUCCCUGAAACCGUCACCGUUUUCAAUGUCUCCCGGACACUAGAGCAAGACGCGACGGAGAUUGUUUACCGGUGGCAAAAAGUCGCACCGGAGCUUCCCGACGAGGUCUUCAUAAGAUUAUUCAUCGACGUAGUAAACGGCACCGUGUCAACUCAAAAGACCGUCAGGGUAGCAUUCAUAUGUAUGUUUCUUGGAGACGCAACAACGCUUCUGUCGAUAUUAAACCGGAGACUCCCCGAAUUAGGUUUGGUCCGGUCAGAUUGUAUCGAAACGAGCUGGGUCCAAUCUGUGUUUCUCUGGACAAAUAUGAAAGUGGGAACAUCGGAGAGAGUUCUACUCGACAGGAACCAAACCACGAACUAUCUCAAGAGAAAAUCAGACUACGUACGUGAACCGAUUUCAAGAACCGGUUUAGAAUCAAUCUGGAAGAAAAUGAUCGAGCUUGAGAUUCCUACGAUGGCUUUCAAUCCAUACGGUGGUGCAAUGGGGAGGAUAUCAUCGACGGCGACUCCAUUCCCAUACAGAUUCGGGAACCUCUGGAAGAUUCAGUACGCUGCGAAUUGGAGAGAAGAUAGGUUAACCGACCGGAACAUUGAAUUGGCGAGGGAGUUGUACCAAUUCAUGACUCCUUUUGUUUCCAAGAAUCCGAGACAGUCGUUUUAUAAUUACCGUGACGUUGAUUUGGGGACUAAUCCACACAAUGGGAAAAUACGUAGCUACGUUGAAGGCAAGCGUUACGGUAAAAAAUAUUUCGCAGGUAACUUCGAGAGGUUGGUGAAGAUUAAGACAAGAGUUGAUAGUGGUAACUUUUUUAGGAAUGAACAGAGCAUUCCAGUGUUACCGCUAAGUGCAUAUUUAUUUGAUUAUUGGUUAGAGAAAAUUUUCGUAUAAUAAAAAGAUUAUAUGUUGUAAGUCUUUUCGUCUAUUUUGUUUACAUCACGGCAAAAUUAUUUUUGUUAUUAGUAUUUCUUGUAUAAUAGUAUAUCAAAUGUAAAAAUGUAAGUAAUCCACAGUAAUUUUGUCAUGUA